AUGCGUGGCAUAAAUAUCAAGUCAUGGUCUAGUUUGGACAUCAGUAAGACUAGAGCAAUGGCUUUGCAUGGAUUAACCAAGCGGCUAUUAAUUUUCUUCCUGGUUUUACAUUUUGAUCGAAACUCCUGUUGCAACUCCGAACAAUGGAAAAUUAUAAAGUAUUUCAAUGAAAUGGAAGCUAUUGAAAUGAAUGUAUUCAUAGACAUCAAUGGACAAGCGGAAUCUGAAUUUCAGGACAUUAGUAUGAAAUCGGAUAUUCCAAAAAUUAUCAUUAAUAGUGAAAAUGUAACGAGAGAAAAUUUGUAUAAACAAUUUAAUAUGAAUAUCUUAACGGUGACCAGAAUUGAUGCGAAUAAUCAAAAUGUGACUUUUUCAUUGAUGGACGAACUAUUAUGGAGGCGACAUUACACCAAAAUUAUUGUGGUCUUUGAAAGUGAUGAUGACGUGGAUGAACAACAGCUGGUUAGCCUAUUUCAAGAUAGUUUUAAAAAUGGUUACCUAUCUGUUUUGGUCUUGUGGCAUAAUGACACAUACACCUAUACACCAUAUCCCCAGAUACGAGUUAUACACUUGAAGAACUACAUGGAAUUUGGAGAGCUACAAAAACGAAGACCACAUAAUUUCAAUAAAUUUCAUAUCAAUAUUGUAGUUGUAGAAAUUCCACCACGUUGUUUUAGUAUUCAUAAUCGUCAAGGUGAACUAAUUAGAUCCGGAUAUUUUUAUAAGGUAGUGGAAAAUUUUGUAAGACAUCACAAUGGCACGCUGAAUCCGGUGUUUGUUGAUGCCUGGGCCAUAAGUUUUGAUGAGGCGUCCAUCGUAGAUCUGGUAAAUAAUCGUGGCUUUAGCUUUAUUCCCACCUAUUUAACGGCUAGUAAGCACUAUGAGAGCAGUGAUUGUAUUCACUUUGGCAAAUGUUACCUACUCGUUCCGGCUGCACGGGAAAUUAAUCAGAAUGUAUAUCUGUUGGUAUCCUUCGACAGGGGUAUGUGGUUUAUGGUGGCUCUUCUGUUAGUUAUUCUGACUGCAUUAAUUGCUCUCAUCAAUCGUUUUCUCUUCAAUAAAUGCGACAUGAUCGAAUCUAUAAUAUACGCCCUACAGAUUAUAAUUUUCAUAUCGGGCCAAGUCUUUGAGAAAAAGACAUUCUUCUUUUUUAUGUUGCACCUCUUGUUUCUGUGUAUUGGUUUAUUCCUCACGAAUAGCUAUAGCGGCAAUCUAUCCAGUAUGUAUACCUCACGGAUAUACGAAGAAGAAUUGAAGACCCUGCAGGAUGUCGGACGCACCAACUUGGGCAUACACACGUACACGUUGAACUAUAACACCUACUUCAAAUUGGAGAAUUUGCCCGACAUUAUCUAUCAGCGUUUCUUCACUGGCAAUAAUACCGUAUUCAAUAUAAAUCGUAAAAAUUUGUAUAUAGACAACAUAUAUGUGGGCAUGGAUGAUACUGUCGAUUUGUUGCUAUAUCAACAGCUAUAUAUGAAAAGGCCAUUGGUGAAGUAUAUGCCAGAACCGCUGUAUACACUCCCCAUGUUUGUGUCGAUGCCGCAUCGUUUACCAUUUUUUGAGUAUUUUAAUCGUCAUUUGUGGUAUGUGACCGACAGUGGAUUAUUGAACAAAUUCAAGGUGGAUAGUAAAUGGGAUGCUAUUGUGGGCAGAACAAUUACAUUUUUCCCCGAUACCCCACCAAUUCGAGCCAUGUCACUGUCAUAUUUAAAAUAUGCUUUUGUAAUGUUAUUCAUUGGAUUUUAUGUGGGUUUUUUAAUAUUUGUUGGGGAAAUUUUAAGAGCUAAGCUAAAUGUAAGUCGGCUAAGAAGUAACGAUUUGGUGGAAAAAUAA